UUCCAAUGCUGAUGAGUCACAAGCUCGUCAAACUGGAGGCUUCAAAUGCUCUGCGGCAGCUUAGAGAAGCAUUCAGUGACCAGCAGCGUGAGGAAGACGAAGAUGGGACGGCUCACUGUGCUCGUCUGCCUCGCUGGGGUUUGUGUGGCUUCAGCCCUGGCCACAGUGCUUGAUCCCAGAGGAGCUCGUCCGGUGGAACCCGCCACCCGUUCCGAGAAAUGCGCCACUGAGAAAGAGUGGCCUUUCUGCACCGACGAUGACUGGGGCUAUAAAUGCCCGUCAGGCUGCAGGAUCCAGGGUCUGAUGGACAAGUACGAACACAGCCUGCUAAAGAAGAUUGCCCAUAUUCGCAGCCUCCUGGAUCAGAACAAGGCCAAGCAUCGCUCUGCCGACCAGGUGUCCAAACAGACCUACGACUACCUGAAGGAGAAACUCACCACUGAUGCUGGUAACGACAACAGCUACUACGACUUGGCCCAGAACCUGCGUCAGAGUAUCACCAACAUGAAGAUUAAAAUCGACAGCCAGCUGCGGCGCUUGUCUUUGCUGAAAGAUCGGGUCAAAGAUCAGGUGGUGGAGAUACAGAGGCUGGAGGUCGAUAUCGACAUUAAGCUCCGUUCCUGUAAAGGAUCCUGUGUACGCUACUCUGAGUAUCAGGUGGACAAGGAGAGCUACGUAAACCUGGACAAGCAGAUUACCCAGCUGGAUGCUCGGGCGCCUCAGAACAUCGAGUCCGUGGGGAGUCUGUAUGUGAUGAAGAGCAGGCCUCUGCAGGACGUGGUGGUGGACAGCAUCUUUAAAUCCAAGGACACUACUGGCAAAGUGGCAACGCAACAGAAAGAGGACUUUUUCCCUGAUGUAAAGACUGUCCAGUUGCUACUAGAGCACGAAGGCUCCAGCUCAUCCCCAGCCACUAUCUCCAAGGUUCCAGGUACUUCCUACUCUUCUUCUACAUCAUCGUCAUCAUCAUCAUCCUCAUCCUCAUCCACAUCGUCGAAAUCCAUCACUGAGCUUGGAGGACGGGGCGACAGCGAUUUGUUUGGCACAGGCCUGGAAGCCCUGGGGAAGCCCAGCACAAGCCACGUUUCCACCAAACAGAUCUCCUGCACCAAGAGCAUCAGGGGGACCAUCGUCCACACAAAGGACGGGCCUGUGGAAAAGAUGGAGGAGGUGAUAGAGGGAGGUCCAGAGUGCCAGGACGCGACAACUUUCACCAAAGGAGGAAUGAGUUCCCUGUUCCCCACCCUUACUCACACAUCCUCAUCCUCAUCUUCAUCUGUGUCCACCAAGACCAUCCAAAGCGGUGGUGCUAAGGGAAGCCUCUUAGGAGACUCCAAAACAGAGUUUGGAGACCCGUUUGGCAGCGACGUCGGGAUAGAUCUUGGCGCAUUCUUGACUGACAAUGCCGAGGACGACCUUCCAGAUUUCCAUGCCCGAAGCGUGAAGAGCAUGCGUGUCGAGCGCCAGGCCGAUUAUAUAGGAAAAGAUUGUGUUGAAGCCUACCAGAACCACCUGGCAGGGGAAACUAAUGGCCUGUUUAAGAUCAGACCUGGUGGCACCGACUCCACUGAGGUAGUUCAGGUUUACUGUCAGCAGGAAGGGCUAAUGGGUGGGUGGGUGCUAGUCCAGCAGAGACAAAGUGGUCUCAGCUUCAACCGCACCUGGGCCGAAUACCGCAACGGCUUUGGUUCCGUCAACGCACAGGGCAUCGGGGACGUCUGGUUGGGCAACCAGAACAUCCACCUUUUGACCAAGGAUGGUGAAACCAUGCUGAAGGUGGAGCUGGAGGAUUGGGAGGGGGGCUCGGCCAGCGCUGAAUACACGGUGAGGGUGGGUUCGGAGGAGGAGGGCUACGUGCUACACGUGUCUGGGUACACGGGCGACGCCGGGGACGCGCUGGUGAUGCCAGCGUCCAACACGGCGUCGCAUCUGUCCCACAACGGAAUGAAGUUCAGUACCUUCGACAAGGACAGCGAUAAGUGGGAGGAGAACUGUGCGCAGGUGUUCGGAGGUGGGUGGUGGUACAACAACUGCCAAGCAGCCAACCUCAACGGGAUCUAUUACAAAGGCGAGUACGACCCCAAGAAAAACGCCCCCUACGAGGUAGAAAACGGAGUGGUGUGGGUGACCUUCAAACCCGCCACCUACAGCAUGAAGACGGUGCGGAUGUUCCUCCGGCCGGCGGCCUUUUAAACACACAUGUUCCUCAACCGACCGUGAAGUUGAGGCUAAAUAUUUGAAGGGUCAAAGUUCUCGUCCUCGUGGACUAUUGAUGAGCUCGUGAAUCAUUGUAGGAUUUCAAAAUCAUGUCAAACAGAGUCAGUGAUUGUUUGUGUCCUUCUGUUAACUUUAAGCUUUUGUAACAACAACGUUGUUUGUUAAAAUCGCUCGACCCGAUGUUCUGCUGAACUCUGCCCAGUCAAUAAAGACCCAGUGUUCACUGCA